CUCGGCGGGCGGAAGGCCCCCGAGGCGGCGGCGGGCGCCAUGUCGGUGAGCGCCAUGUUCGUGGCGCUGCAGGGCGUCCUCACGGCCGACCAGGACGUGCGGGAGGAGAUCCGCAAGGUCGUGCAGGCGCUGGAGCAGACGGCCCGCGAGAUCCUGACGCUGCUGCAGGGCGUGCACCAGGGGGCCGGCUUCCAGCACAUACCAAAGAAAUGUCAGAAGGCUCGAGAACACUUCGGUACAGUACGGACGCAGAUGGAGUCUCUGAAGACGAAGUUUCCUGCUGAUCAGUAUUACAGAUUCCAUGAGCACUGGAGGUUUGUGCUUCAGCGGUUGGUGUUUCUGGCAGCAUUUGUAGUCUACUUGGAGUCAGAAACGUUAGUGACCCGGGAAGCUGUUGCAGAAAUACUGGGGAUUGAAGCUGAUCGAGAGAGGGGCUUUCACCUGGACAUUGAAGACUACCUUUCUGGUGUGUUAACUCUUGCGAGUGAGCUGGCCAGGCUGGCAGUGAACAGCGUCACGGCUGGUGACUAUUCUCGCCCUCUCCGUAUCUCAACUUUUAUCAACGAGCUGGAUUCUGGCUUCCGCCUCCUCAACCUGAAGAACGACUCCCUGAGGAAGCGUUACGAUGGCCUGAAAUACGACGUCAAGAAAAUUGAGGAAGUGGUUUAUGACCUGUCAAUCAGAGGACUCAAUAAGGAGGCGACAGGCGGUGUGGCUGGAGAGAAAUGAAGGAUGCUCAUUUUAACAGCAUCAUCGAUUACCUCAGAUGGUUGCCAAGCUAGGAGGCGUGCUCGCAAAGCCUUCCUACCGUAGUUAGAAGAACCGCAGCUGAAAGCUGCUCUCUAUUUUCUUACAAAAGGUGUAGUACGGGUGUUAGAUCUCAAAAUGUUUUGUAAAAUUAUGGCUAGGUUAGUGCAGCAGGCUCUCUGUUUCCGCUGAAAUUCCUCUGUCAAAACACGUUGCUGUUCUGUGCACAGCAGCAGUAGCAGGCAGCACCUCCCCGAGCUGAAAUUCCCCCUAGUUCCGUGGUGGUGUUUCACUGCCCUGGCAGUUCCGUGCUCCAGCUGCUUCUGCUCACACACCUGUGAAGGUGUGUGCACAGCAUGCAGCUUGGUGCUGAUACAUGCCACGUUUAAAAAAAAACUGUAAAUAUCUAUGUUUUUUUAAGACACAGGCUUUUUCUUUUUUGUUUAUUAAAUGUUCACCUACUUAAGUUGAACAGAUCUGCAUAACCGUUUAUUAGCCAGCUCUUUUUAAAUGGUUUCAGUUAGCGUGGCCCCCCUUGGAACCGGUGUACUGCACCUGGGCACCUCUUUCUCUUUUUAUUUCUUUCCCUCCAAGAUACCUGCUAUCAGUGAGUGCAAGGUUUUCUUAAAUACCUGCUUUCAGAGGCUGGUAUUUGAUUUCCCAACAUGAGGAAAUGCUGGGUUUUAACACAAUCACCUUAAGAACUCUGUAUAAGAUUUUUUUUUCUUUUCAACUAGCGAAGUUUAUGACUAGAGAAGUGUUAACUGACAAACCGCAGGUAGUGUUUGAGUUUUAACAACUUACGUAGGCCACAGCUGUACCUGUUUCCUGGGAUUAAAAAGAGAAAUGAUAGUUCAUGUAGUAAAAUCUUUGUAUUCCCCAAAAGAGGGGAAAUUGUUUGUUUCAAAUACUUUGCAUGUAAGAUAUUUGCAUAUACCCACAGCCUCUUCUGUUCAUGUAAAUGGACAGGUUCGUACCUCCCCGUGUGUUUGUUCUCUUGUCCUAAAUGACUUGGAGUCUUUCCAUUUCCUUACUGCUUCAGGUGGUACACUAGGGUAAAGGAGGAAAAACGCACUUGUUUAGGAGGAGGAAUAUUUCCAGAGGAUGAACGUGAACAAUCAAGUUUAUGUAGGGCUUAUUAGUGUUUCAUUUUGAUGACAAAUAUUUCCCAUUGUUUCAGUUAAGUUUUUAUUUUGUUUAUUGGAAGAAAAUUGUUUCUUGGUUACUUUGGCCAAUAAAAUAUGUUUUUUGAUUUUGGCCGUUUG